UUCAACCUAAAACCCUUCUCCUGCCCACACGUCACCAUUGUACCAGACAUGAUGACGAGAACAUGCGACUCAUUCUGCACAAUCAAAUCAAAGGCCAUUCAAGUCAGACGCCCCAAUAAUGAAACUCGUCCUUGAUGUUAUAUAUAUGAUCUCAGUAUGAGCUCUUUGGCUUAUUCCCAUUGUGAGUCAUGCCAAUGAUACCUGAAGGAUGGAGCAAGUGAUGAGGUCUUUUCUUGUCUGACUUGUUUUUUUCCAGAUGUUCUGUCCGUCUUGGCUUUUGGCUGCAGCGGUCUUGUGUUUUCACAGUCCACAUGUAGACGGUGGCAGAUGCUCGAGUUUGAUAGACUGCAUGGACCUUGAAUCCAAUGAGCACAAAUUGCAGUGUCUCAGACAGUGCAGAUCGGACCGAGAAUCUACCAAAAACAUCAAAGUUUCAUCUGAACAUCAGAGCAGUGAAGAACAGGUAGAGGAGCAGAGUCUGAGCUUGGGUUUGCUUUUAUCAGCUCUGUCUCCCGACUCCAUCGAGCUCCAAAACCCCACGGUAGAAGCUCCACACGGGGACGAGAGGCGGUCGUACUCCAUGGAGCACUUCAGAUGGGGCAAACCCAUGGGCCGCAAACGUAGACCCGUAAAAGUGUUGACCAACGGGGCUCUGGAGGAAGAGCCGGAGGAGUCUGAGGAGAGCGUCCGUGUGGAACGAGGACAGAGCGGCACCCUGGAGGUUCAACACAGGAACAACGUCAAAAACAACGGAAGGUAUCGCAUGACCCACUUCCGCUGGAACGCACCGCCGGACAAACGAUAUGGAGGAUUCAUGAGGCCGUAUUCAGAUGAAUCCCACAAACCCCUGAUCACACUCAUACGAAAUGUCAUCGGAAAUGGACAGCAGUUCACAGAUUAAACUAAAGGAGGAGAGCAUGGACAUAAUGUUAACAUU